UGCAUUUCCACUGCACGGCGAACCCAUUCUGGAAUCAGUUGUGCAAAAAUAAUACUAUAAAUAUUAGUUUCGGUUGAGUUGUUUUCUUUUUUCCUUCCCUACACGAUCUGGAAUAUUUAUUUGAUCACGUCCAGUGCACUUCGGUCAAAUACAUCCGACAGAAUACUUUGUGUAGAUGGAUACGGUAAUGUACCUUCUAAUGUUGUACCUUUGUUUGUUGCCAUUAACAAGUGGACAACCCGCCCGGAAUGCGCAGCAAACGCUGGAAACCGAUAACCAUUCACCGCGCCUGGUGCACACAGAAGACACGGAGCUGUAUGCCGCCGAGGGAACCAAGUACACCAUCUUUGACUGUGAUAUCCACGGCAGUAAGAACGCCACGUCCAUCACGUGGUUCCGCAAUGGUUCGGCGAUAACUCCGUCCGGGGACCCUGACAGCAGACGCUUCGUCACCGGAAAGACAGGCUUCAUGCUGAUUCUGCGUAAUUUAACGUUAUCCGAUCACAAAAGUGUCAUCGGCUGCCGACUAACCAACUCCCACGGCACAACAUGGCAGAACGUGACCUUAAUAGUCAUUCCCGAAGCGGAACUAACGCAAUACCAGAGUAAGCGCGGUCCGUUUCCGGACGGUGAUGCGUCACAUCAAUCUGUCGAAACGUUAGUCGAAAUUCGGAAAUCCGCUGGUGAAAACGGCGUCUUACUGUGCCCACUGGAAGGAUUUCCCAACCUGUUAUCAGUAUUCUGGACAAAAGAUGGGGAUGCUCUUGGAAUUUUGAAAAUGGCGGAAAGGAUUUACAUGUCGGGAAGAGACUCCUCUCUGCGCAUCAGUGCGCUGCAAGUGAGCGACAGCGGGCAUUACCAGUGCACAGCCACGAAUUUCCAUGGAACCGCCGUUUUUAGCUACGAUGUUGUUGUUGUUGUGUCCCACCAGUCUGGGACCUAAAAAUUUUGUACAACCUUAAAUCAAAAGAUGCAGGAUAUGCAUAAAAUUUGGUUGGCGUGUCGUAGUGAUUAUAUCGCACUUGGCCUACUGCAUGCCUCACCCGACAUAUCGUUGCACAGUAACACGUGG